AUGGACACAGCCAAAGCCUGUUUUAAUCCAUAUUUCUACUGUUUCCGUCUGCAGAACAAGGAAUUGAUGUUUCAACAUAUUCCUGAAGGCGUGGCCUCCCAUCCAUCGCUGCAGCGCUGUACACCGCUCGCUCUCAUCCGUUCACUCAGCUGCGGUCGCCGCGGCGCGCGGACAUGGCGCGAGUGUUGCGCCCGCCGAGCCACACGUGGUGGCGGCAGUUCCAGCAGUAGGAUGUCGUUGAAGACCCCAACGCCGGGGGCCGGCGAGCGUGAGACGUGGGGCAAGAAGGUCGACUUCCUUCUAUCAGUCAUCGGCUUUGCUGUGGACCUCGCUAACGUCUGGCGCUUCCCCUACCUCUGUUACAAGAAUGGCGGAGGGGCUUUCUUGGUGCCGUACUGCAUAAUGCUGGUGGUUGGCGGGAUACCGUUGUUUUAUAUGGAAUUGGCUCUCGGACAGUUUCAUCGAAAAGGAGCAAUCACUUGCUGGGGCAGACUUGUGCCACUGUUUAAAGGGAUCGGGUAUGCGGUAGUGCUGAUAGCUUUUUAUGUGGACUUCUACUAUAAUGUGAUCAUCGCGUGGGCUCUUCGGUUUUUCUUUGCGUCAUUCACCACUAUGUUGCCAUGGACCAACUGCAAUAAUGAAUGGAAUACACCAGCCUGUCAGCCGUUUGAAGCUAAUUGGGAGAACGUUAACGCUAACAAAACUCAUCACAACUCAUCAGAGUCAAACACUCCUGUACAAACAACACCAUUCACUUCAGCCGCAUCUGAAUACUUUAAUCGCGCUAUUUUGGAACUUCAAGGUAGUGAAGGUUUGCAUGAUUUAGGCGCCAUCAAGUGGGAUAUGGCUCUUUGUCUACUCGCAGUUUAUAUAAUUUGCUAUUUCUCUCUAUGGAAGGGCAUCAGUACGUCGGGAAAAGUGGUUUGGUUCACAGCUUUGUUUCCUUACGCCGUGCUUCUGAUUCUCUUGGUCCGUGGUAUUACUUUACCUGGUUCCGCUACUGGAAUACAAUAUUAUUUGAGUCCUAAUUUUGAAGCUAUAACACAACCACAGGUAUGGGUGGAUGCAGCAACACAAGUCUUCUUUUCUCUCGGUCCCGGAUUUGGUGUCCUUCUAGCUUACGCUUCCUACAAUAAAUACCAUAACAACGUAUACAAGGACGCGAUUCUCACCAGCGUGAUAAACUCUUGCACGUCGUUCGUGGCCGGGUUUGUUAUCUUUAGCGUGCUUGGCUACAUGGCACACGCGUCUGGCAAACACGUUCGUGAUGUAGCGACUGAAGGGCCUGGCUUGGUGUUCGUGGUGUACCCGGCUGCUAUCGCCACAAUGCCCGGCUCCACUUUCUGGGCUCUCAUAUUCUUCAUGAUGCUGCUUACUUUGGGCUUGGAUAGUUCUUUUGGUGGUUCUGAAGCCAUAAUAACAGCUCUCAGCGACGAGUACCCGCCGAUAGGACGUCACCGGGAGAUAUUCGUGGCUUGUCUCUUCACACUGUACUUCUUCGUCGGUCUCGCUUCGUGUACUAAAGGCGGGUUCUAUUUCUUCCAACUUCUGGACAGAUAUGCUGCUGGAUAUUCCAUGCUGGUGGCCGUGUUCUUUGAGGCUAUAGCUGUAUCCUGGAUUUAUGGUACGGAAAGAUUUUGUGAGGAUAUUCGCGACAUGAUAGGUUUCCGACCUGGCUUGUACUGGCGUAUAUGUUGGCGUUUCGCUGCACCGGCUUUUCUUCUUUUCAUCACGGCGUAUGGACUAUUGGACUAUGAACCUCUACAGUACGAGGGCUAUGUUUACCCGGGCUGGGCUAAUGCUUUGGGCUGGGCUAUAGCUGGAUCGAGCGUGAUCUGCAUUCCAACUGUGGCUAUCUAUAAAAUCAUCACGACAAAGGGAACUUUCUUUGAGCGUCUUACGAUUCUCACCACGCCGUAUGCGGACACAGAGCACACAGCUCAUAAUGGUGUUGUCAUCUCUGAGAGCGGCGGCGUCAGACUGAACUCUACCGUCACUACACCCAACACACCACCGAACGUUCCAUACACACAUGCACAGAUCAUCAACACACAGAUCACACCGACAGCACUCACACACACGCUCGCCCCCUCCCCCUCCCCCUCGCCACACCCCACGCUCGUCUGA